AUAUGCAGAUCUAAAGAGAUAUGUUUUGAGACCCGACUUGAAAUGUAAAAUAGAGUCAGAGUUCCUUAAGUCAGGAGGUAGAGCAUUCCAUAGCCCGGGGGCAGAGGUACUAAAGGCCCUACCUCCCAUGGUGCUAAGGCGUAUAGUGGGUACAGACAGGUGGAUAGAGGCAGAUGAUCUCAGUGAAUGUGAAUGUGAAGUGAGAUUAAUAAGGUCAGAAAUAUACGGAGGGGCGAGGUUAUGAGUUGCUUUGAAAGUAAGGAGUAAUAUUUUGUAUUGUAUGCGUCGAGUAACCGGGAGCCAGUGCAGCUGAUGCAAAACAGGAGUGAUGUGAUGGAAAGAAGGAGUUCUUGUAAUGAUACGUGCAGCAGAGUUCUGAACCAUUUGAAGUUUGUGUAGUGAUUUUAGGGGGAGGCCAAAAAGGAGAGAAUUAUAGUAAUCCAGGCGUGACGUAACAAGACUAUGAACCAAAAUAGCAGUAGUGUCAGAGGAAAGAGAGGGUCGCAAGCGAUUCAUAUUUCUGAGGUGAAAGUAAGCAGAUCGAGUGAUGUUAUUAAUGUGGGAUUGGAAUGACAGGGUACUGUCGAGGAUGACAUCCAAAAUUUUUUGGGUUCUUGGCGUAUGGUAUGCUAUCAAGCAAUGUUCGCUACACACUCCAAAUCAAUAUCAUGAGCUGUGCUAUAGAUCUAAAAGGACUGAUUACAUUUAUGAGAAGAGCGACUGCCAGUCUGACCUAUAGCUCUCUGUGUUUGCCGGACAACAUCAAGGAGAAAUGCCUGGAGAACAUUCCUCAUUACUACUACAGAGAUGAUGGCCUCAAGUUGUGGAACAUCAUUCACAAGUUUGUGAUUGGAGUGGUGGCACAUUACUACACAGAGCAUGAUGUCCAGGAGGACUCCGAGCUCCAGACACACCUGAUGGAGAUUGUAGAUCACGGCUUUCUGAAAAAUGACACCAGUGGAAUCCCCAAGUCUUUCCACACAGUGGCUGAUCUUGUCAAGUUUGUCACCAUGUUGAUCUUCACAGUGUCGGCCCAACAUGCUGCAGUCAACAACGGCCAGUAUCCUCUUGGAUUUUACCCGGAGGAGCUCUUAGUCAAGGCCGUGCCCCUUCAGAAGAUGGAACAGUUCAGAAAAGAUCUGAAAGCUCUCGAGGGUGAAAUAGAAGCAAGAAACAAGAAUCUUGAGCUUCCGUAUGAUUACUUCAAUCCAGAGAAUGUGGAUAAUAGUGUAGACGUGUAAGAAUAUGGAUAAUCAGUCAGAUGGCAAUGCAUAAUAAAUCUGCUGAAAAGAUUCUGAUUGCACUCCAAACAGAUUUUCCUGUGAUUUCAUUCUGCUUCUGUCUUCUGCCAAG